GAUCGGCCCGGGAGUUAAAGGGAGGGUUCCGUUUGCACAUCUCAUUGCUCAUUUCGGGACGCCUCGUACGUACCAUCGCGGACGUGAUCGGAAAGGUGGAACAGUGCUGCCCGAAUGCGAAACGUGGAAUAGGAACGGGCAGAGUGUGGCAACGCAGUUCUUGAGCUGCGGAAGUAACGUCGAAGGGACUAUUGGAAGUGUGUGUUUUUUUUUGUAUUGGAUUUUCAACUAAACGUGCACGACACUGCUUUGGGACGGCAUCAUGGAUUUUCUUCAACAGAUGAACCUUACCGAUUUUACGAUCUACGACCUGUUCAACGUUAAGGGUGUCGAGGAACACAUCGAUGCCUAUCCUUUGAUGGCCUCGCCCGUACCGAGCUCCAUCGUGAUUGCCAUAUACCUGUACUUCAUCUACAAAUAUGGACCAAGCUAUAUGGAGUACAGAAAACCGUACAACUUACGAUGGAUCAUAGCCGGCUACAACAUCUUCCAGGUGCUUGCGUGCGGAUAUCUUGUGUAUAAUUACAUCAAGGUAGGAUUCGAAUUCAACUUCAUCGGACGCUGUACCCCGAAGCUGCCUGUUACCGAGUAUGAACACGGGCUCGAUGCGGUCUAUUACGGGUGGCUUGCGAUGUGUCUCCGAAUGAUCGAAUUCAUCGAGACGGUGUUCUUUGUGCUGCGGAAGAAACAGAACCAGGUCUCCACGCUUCAUGUUUACCAUCACAUCAGCACCUUCCUCAUUGUCUGGUGGAGCUUGAAGCUAAGUUUGUCCUACCAGGAGAUGUCCAUCAUGGUACUCAACUCGAUCGUGCACAUGAUCAUGUACUCGUACUACUUCCUGUCAUCGUUCAAACCCUGCCAACCGUUUACCAACCGCGUUAAGCCGAUCAUUACCAUCAUCCAGCUGGCACAGCUCGUUACAAUGCUUGUACACGUGUAUGCCGCCUUACAGCCGACUUGUGCCGCCAACAAAACCAUCUACACACUGCACGCAAUUAAUCUCGUCAUCCUGAUCAGCCUGUUCACCAACUUCUACAUCCAGACGUACGUGCGAAAGGCACGAAAGCUGAAGCAGAAAUAGAUUUAUAGUGGUAUUCGUUUUUAGUUUUUAACUAAUGCGUCGGGGGUAAAUGGGUGGGAAUAUGGAGAUAUUUGGAAUGAUCACCUGAUGCCAGAGUGGGGCAGUACAAUUCCAACGGACCAGGAUUGGCAAGGAUUGUACGAUGCGUGCUUCAUUGCAAAAGGAAUGCGUAUUCCUUUCAUCAGCAUUUCAGUAUAGCAGAUUUCACAUAACAUGAGAAGGCUGUACAUUUUAUCUAUUUAUGCACUUUCGUUUCAUUCUACUUUCUACGACCUUGGACUGCCCUUUAUUUGAGCUAAACAAA